UUUUCCCUUCAUGGACGCGGACAAAAUAAUGAACUAUGUAAACCGGCCCGGAAGAGAAAGUGGGGGAGAAGUAGUAUUAGUGACAGCUCGUGCGUGACACUUCAUUCGCGGCUUAGUGUCUGCGUGGGUUAGUCGCUCUCCUGGUGCCGCCGAGUGAGUGGCCAGUGUGGGCCAGUAACAUGACGGACAUAAGCAUGAUAGUAGGGAUUCUAGCUGCCGUCGGUUGUGUGCUAAUAUUGUGGUUACUGGCCGAUAGCCUAUGGACUUUAUAUCAAGGCGUGAAGAUACAUUUGCUGCCCUACUUUCAACCAACUUUUGUGGAUCUCACCGAGAAGUUUGGAUCUUGGGCAGUUGUGACGGGGUCAACCGAUGGCAUCGGGAAAGCAUAUGCUUUGGAGUUGGCAAGGAGAGGUGUGAACGUUGUUCUCAUUAGCCGCACACAGAAGAAGUUGGAUGAGGUAGCAGCAGAGAUCGGAUGUAAGACUAAACUGGAAACUGGUGAAUUUAAAAUUUUGCUUCUAAAGAUAAGAAUACACUGCAUUUCAGCUGAUUUCAUUGUACUGUUGGCAGAGUCAAAAUUCCCAGUGAAGACCAAAACUAUUGCAGCUGACUUUAGCAAAGGUCGGCCUGUGUUUGACAUCAUUGAACAAGAACUGAAGGAUAUUCCAGUUGGAAUUUUAGUGAACAAUGUAGGAAGGCAAUACACAUAUCCUAUGUAUCUUGGUGAAGUUCCUGAACAUGAGCUGUGGGACAUACUGAAUAUCAACAUUGGAGCUACCACAAUGAUGACACGUCUCAUUCUGCCACAAAUGCAGAAACAGAAACGAGGUGCCAUAGUGAAUGUGUCAUCAGGCUCAGAGCUACAGCCAUUACCUCUUAUGACAGUCUAUGCUGCUUCCAAGGUGUUUGUCAAAAGCUUCUCCGAUGCACUUAGGUAUGAAUAUCAGCGAGAUGGUAUCAUUAUUCAGCAUCUAUCACCUCUGUUUGUAAACACAAAAAUGAAUGCAUUCAGUCAUCGUCUGCAACAGACAAGCCUGUUUGUGCCAGAUGCAACUACAUAUGCAAGAAAUGCUAUCAACACCUUGGGAAAAGCAAAUACAACAACAGGAUACUGGGCCCAUGGUCUGCAGUAUUUCCUGACUAUGAUCCCUCCUGUCUGGAUUAGGACUUACAUAGGAGGGUUGAUGAAUGAAAUCUUCCGCAGAGAUUAUUUUAAGACCAUGCCGAAGGAAUAGUGAAUAUGACUUAAAUAUAUAAAACCAUUUAUAAAAAAGUAGAAAUGGGUCCCUUCAAUCAGUGCUUUUUAAACCCACGUAAGUACUGUUAUGUACAUAUAGACUUAUGUACUGGGACAAUCAUUAACACACAGGGAGAUUAGUGUGUCCUGAAUGUCACCCCAUGUAGAGUGGCAGAGACGUACCAAUGAUUCGGAGGAACUUCUUGCCUCAACGGAAAACCACACUGUGCCAAAUACCACAAACAGCAGUCUUCACAGUGACCAGCAUAAAAAUGUCAAAUGUCAACAUGUAGGGAGCUUCCAUCAUAAUAUAAUGUAACAUAGAGGCUUUUAAUAUGACAGGAAGUUGUAUCAAUGGUAGUAGUUUGCUUCCUAAUGGUGACAGGCAAAUGAAAUAUCUGAAACUUGCCUGUACAUAAUAAAUUUCAUAACUUCCCAGACUUCUAGAUAAUUUUUCUAUAUGUUCACAAAACUGGUAUAAAUUUGUAUGUAACAGCCAGGAAAUAGAUUCUUUAUAAUACAUGUUUACUGAAAGUUUCUAUUGACAUUAAAAUAAGUACAUGACCAUCUUUAAAUAAAUGUGUCCAUAUACUUGUAUAAAAGCAUGUACAUACAAAUAAAAACAUCUAAACAUGAUUUAUAUAUGAUAACAUAAGACUUUAUAUAUGAACAAAUAUUUUGAUGUUGAAUUUGAAGUUCCUUAUUCAAAACCUAGCCAUAACCAUCCAUUCUGGUGCAAAUUUUCCAAAACCUUUCUCUCUCAUCCCACUGGAUUCAAAAUCCAUAUUCAUCCUCACCCUAACAUCAGCAAUUGACUCACUAUCCUAAAAUAAUUCAUGGCUGAUUCCAUAUUCUAGCUCACCCAACUCAUGACACAAAAUUCUUUCACUCCAUAGUCACCAAUGUGUAAUAUUAGAAGCAUCACUAAAUGACACAGGAAGUAAACUACAAAGCAGUUGAAUCAACAUGACAUAUACAGUGCACCAGAAAUCCAGGUAGGGAUACUAAUUCUGAACAUGGAACUGAGGAAAAUCUUAAAUGGAGGAAAUGUAACAUGAGGUUUCUAACUCGACACAACUGAAAUUAAAUGUCAGAGGAGAGAAACCCUUAAAUUGAGGAACAUCAAAUGGAGGUUCCACUGCACAUAAUUAUUAAGUAGUUAAAUAGAUAAGAAUAGCAAUUUUUGUAGCAAGUGACCAAAGAGUGAAUUUAGUAUAUUUCAAAUGCCAGGCAGGUAAGUUCUAGAACACAGACUGAAUACCAGAAUCAAAUAUCAUUACUUUCUGCAUACACAAAACAGAAAACAACAAUGCAUUAUGCAAGUGGGGUAAUAAGCCUACAACAGAAGAGACUUAUAUAAAAGAAAUCAAUGUACACACCAACAUCAACAAAGCACACAAAACAUACCUACACCACCACACCACCAAAGAUCACGAUAAUAAAUCCCAUAAGGAGAUUGAAGCGGUUUUACUAAAUUUAAUUAGGCGGCCUAGUUCAAUUGAAUUUUAAUCACAAUUUUUGUUUUAAAAUUGAGACAAGCAGUGUAGUGAAUAGUUUAGCAUAACGAGGACACCUGAUGAUGGCCGUAUACGGCCAAAACAUGAUCUGAAUAAAGAUUAAAUUGACUGUAAGAAUCUUGUGUUGCAUUGUGAUGGAAAUAUAUACCGACGAAACAACAUAUUAAUGCAACAGGAUGCUGAAAUACAAUAAAACUAUCUCACAAACUGUGUAACAUAUUUUCCCUGAGCAGUUGAAAUUAUCCAUUACUUUCUCCUAUUGAAUCCCACUAUUCAUCUCCAUCAUUUCCAUGAAGCAAGAUUAUCAAUGAACACCAUCUUGAACUAAUAAAAUCCAAUUCACCUCCUUACAUCUUCAUUCUGUAAGAUCCAUUUUGAUCUUGUUUUAGCCCCUUGACACGCAUAAAGUUCAACUGUUACUUUCUAAGCAAGAAGAGUUGGGCACUGCCUUUGCUACCAAUGCUCAGCAGUUUUGCUAUAAAAAAAAUAUGUUCAAGUAUACUCCUCACUGCAACAUUAUCUGCAAUAGCAACCAUUCAAUCUAAUGCUGCAUGGCAAUCAACAUGCAGCUAGUCUGACCACCAUUAAUAUAGUCAUAUAAUACAAAUUUGUUGCAGAGAUUUCUGAGUAUAGCUGUAUAUCUGCCAAUUGUCAGUAUGAAAUUAACACAUUCAUCUCCAGAAAGACUUUUAUUGACAUGAAGAGCCAACUUUACAGUUCUGUAUAGUUAAUUCUUGUUUUAACAAAUAAUGACUCAGUCCAAAAUUCAAUAAGUAACUGGAAUUCACAGCUAGUUACAAAUGUUAUAUUUUAGCGUCCUGUUGCACUGAUUUAAGUCCAUGAUUUAUUUCAACCAUCUUCCAGUGCAUACA